GUGGACCUUCGCACGUGAUGAAUCUGAAAGCCGUGCUUUUCGUUUUGGCUCUAGUAGCUACCUCGGCAACGCUAGCCGAGAAAGCUCGGUUCGAUAACUACCGUCUCUAUCGGAUAGCGAUCGAAAAUGUAGAACAUCUAGAGGUGCUGCAAGCCGUUGAACAGCUUGGAGAAGGGUACAACUUUUGGGUUGAACCGGUAAAUGUGAACAGCGAGGUGGAUUUGGUGGUACCUCCACACAAAUUUGCAGAAUUCACCGAAUUGGUUGAAAGAUAUGGACUGCAGACGAAGCUGAGCGUUUCUAACCUACAACAGCUGCUCGAUGACGAGCAGAGGCGAACAACAAAGGAAGCUUUUGGCUGGAAUGCGUACUACACGUUGGAAGAGAUCUAUGCCUGGAUGGAUGGGCUGGUAGCGAAAUAUCCUAACGUCUUAACUACAGUUAUCGGUGGAAAAUCGUUUGAAGGUCGUGAGAUUCGUGGUGUGAAAGUUUCGUACAAAAAAGGCAAUCCGGGUGUGUUUAUGGAGGGAACAAUUCAUGGUCGCGAAUGGAUUAGUGCUGCGACAUUAACAUGGAUCCUGAAUGAACUGUUAACUUCUACUGACAGCCAGGUGCGACAUAUUGCAGAGAACUACGAUUGGCACUUUUUCCCAGUUACUAAUCCGGAUGGGUAUUCGUUCACAUUUACCAACAAUCGCAUGUGGAGAAAGACCCGCCAGCCACAUGGUAUUUUGUGUGUAGGAGCUGAUCCUAAUCGGAACUGGGCUUACAACUUUAUGCAGGGUGGCGCAUCUACCAAUCCCUGCUCGGAUAGCUAUGCUGGACCGGAGGCUUUUUCGGAAACCGAAACCCGUACUCUUUCGGAGUACUUUACCUCCGUCCGACGAACAAUAACCACCUAUCUGUCAUUCCAUUCUUUCUCCCAAUUGCUACUUCUGCCGUAUGGACACACCACAGCACCUUUGGACAAUUAUUACGAAAUGAUGGAUGUGGGAAGAAAGGCAAUCAACAAACUUCGACAGCGCUACGGCACAGUUUAUCAAAUCGGAAAUAUAGCACAAGCCAUUUACAUUGCCUCCGGAGGUAGCAUCGACUGGGUCAAAGGAGUCUACAAAACGCCCAUUGUAUUCGCUUACGAGCUACGAGACACCGGUGAGUAUGGAUUCUUACUACCGCCGGAUCAGAUCAUUCCAAACUCCGAAGAAACGCUGGAUUCAAUCAUUGUUAUUCUCAAGGAAGGUGAGGACCUAGGUAUUCACUAUCGCUGUAAACCUUCGCGCGUAAUGAAUCUGAAAGCCGUGUUUUUCGUUGUGAGCCUGUUAGCUGCUACCUCCGCAACGCUAGCCGAGAAAGCCCGGUUCGACAACUAUCGACUUUAUCGGAUACGGAUCGAAAAUGUAGAACAUCUAGAGGUGCUGCAAGCUGUUGAGCAACUUGGUGACGGGUACAACUUUUGGAUUGCACCAGUUCACGUCAAUAGUGAGGUAGAUUUGGUGGUUCCACCACACAAAUUUGGAGAAUUCGCCGAACUGGUUGAACGAUAUGGACUGCAGGCGAGACUGAGCGUGUCUAACCUUCAAAAAAUGUUCGAUGAUGAACAGAGACGGACCACAAAGGCAGCAUUCGGCUGGAAUGCGUACUAUGAGCUGGAGGAGAUAUACGCCUGGAUGGAUGAACUGGUUGCGCAAUAUCCCAAUAUUUUAACUACAGUCAUUGGUGGAACAUCGUUUGAAGGUCGUGAAAUUCGUGGUGUGAAGGUUUCGUACAAGCAGGGCAAUCCCGGCGUAUUUAUGGAGGGAACAACUCAUGCUCGCGAAUGGAUUAGUGCUGCCACCUUAACAUGGGUUCUGAAUGAGCUGUUGACUUCUACUGACGAACAGGUGCGGCAUAUUGCAGAGAACUAUGAUUGGCACUUCUUCCCAGUUACCAACCCGGAUGGAUAUGUGUACACACAUACUACUAAUCGCAUGUGGAGAAAGACACGCCAGCCGCAUAAUAUGCUAUGCGUAGGAGCCGAUCCGAAUCGGAACUGGGCUUACAACUUUAUGCAGGGUGGCGCAUCGAAUAUCGCUUGCACGGAUACCUUUGCUGGACCAGAGGCUUUUUCGGAAGUUGAAACUCGCACUCUUUCAGAAUACUUUACCUCUGUCGAACCGACGAUUACCACCUAUCUGUCAUUCCACGCUUAUUCUCAAUUACUGCUACUGCCAUAUGGACACACCGCGGAACCUUUGGACAAUUAUCAUCAAAUGAUGGAAGUGGGAACAAAAGCUAUCGAAAAACUCAAAGAACGCUACGGCACGAUUUAUAAAAUUGGAAACAUAGCUGAAGCUAUCUACGUUGCCUCUGGAGGUAGCAUCGACUGGAUCAAGGGAGUCUACAAAACUCCGAUUGUAUUCGCUUACGAACUGCGGGAUACCGGUUUGCAUGGAUUCGUGCUGCCGCCAGAUCAGAUAAUUCCGACCUCCGAGGAAACGCUGGAUUCAAUUAUUGUCAUUCUUAAAGAAGGUGAGGAACGAGGUAUUCACUAGAAUGUAUGGGAUCCUGUAGGAAAAAUCUUUACAUAAGUAAGCUAAAUUGAACAAUAAAUUAGAUUAUGCUUUUGUCA